CUGGUUGGUCCAUUUGACACCAGGGAGCGAAGUCGGGAUUCCUGGGGACUCGUGUCUCUCUCUCCUUUUUGUCCCGGGUUCGAGAUAGUAUCGUUGACAACAAAGACCUUUAACAGUGGGGAAAAACGACAAUGGAAGCCCUUCAGAAGCCUGUCACUUAUCGAGGAGACACCGGUCUAUGCAGAAAGCUGAUGCCCGACAAGGAUCUUUGUAACUCCGGGACACAAGACGAAUCUCACUAUGUGGAUUUGAAUGACUUGUUAGACAUGAAAGCAGAAGGCACAAAAACGGUAAAAGUUACCUUUACCGGCGAAGGUAGCCAGCUGGCAAUAUUUAAAUGCAACAGUGACACUUCAGCUUCGGGAGAUAGAAGCCCUGGCGACCGUGAACUGAAUGAUAAGAUCCCUAAUCUCCCUACUAUGGACUGCAAAUCCAAUAAUAAAGAAAGAUCACGGGACGUCAGAACCGAGCAGUGUAUCACAGGCGAUCUCUCGGGCUCUUUUGAAACUGCCUCUUCAUCUGAAAUCCCUGAAAACAAUGACGAUUUCAAGGACUGUCCUGAAUCCCCCAUUCGCAAUGUGGAUACCGCUGCAGGACCACAAACGCAAAUUGUACCGAGCAAUUUCAAUCCAAAAAAUACUGUCGAGAAAGAAGAACUGCAGUACACCGAUAUGCAUUUGAGCAGGAAAAUGCAAUCAGAUGACGGUGUAAGCGUGGUUUUAUCUGAUCACUGUGUGCCCAGCUCCACGGAGGACGAGUCCCAUUACAUUACAACCCACGAAAUCCAGCUGUCAGAAUUAGACCACGAUGUCGAUUAUGACUUUGGGCUGGGAUCCUGUUGGGACGUGGAAGACGAUAACCUGGUCUACUCGUUUGUUGAUUAUGCUUCUUUUGACAGUGAUGAAACGAUAGAAGGAAGGCAGAUACUAGGGGAGAGAACUUCGGCGAGAGUGAAAAGCAAUCAGGUUCAAUCUAAUAAUACGGACCGAGGCGCUACUAGCGGAGCAGCAGUCAGCAGUAAGCAUGAAAACGAUCUCUGCGACUCGGACAAAUGCGCCAGCUCAGAUGAAGGUCUGUCAAAGAACCAGAAAGGCAGUGGGAAUUCUGCAGGGCAGAUUCACCUGUCAAUCAAAGCGACUUCCAGAGCUAUAAAUGAGCCUAGCAACAUACAAGAAAAGGAAAACAUUCGUUAUCAUGCCAAGCACGAGGGAGACAUGAGUCGUUAUGUUUUUAGAGACGCAAAAGCAGAGAAAAUCUGUGAUAGUGCGAAAUGUUUUAUCGCGGCCCCCGGCCGCCUGCACUUUGGCAGCAAAUUAAAGGGGAAGGAUUUUAAUGAGUAUUCCAGUGGCGCGUCCAGCGCCGUGAGUGAGCUAGAUGAUGCUGAUAAGGAAGUACGAAAUUUAACUGCCAGGGCGUUCAGAAGUUUAGCCUACCCGUACUUUGAUGCCAUCAAUUUCAGCACUUCCAGCGAGUCUUCUGCAUCAGAGCACGGGCUGGGAAUCAACAGGUGGUCAACUUUUGUUGACCUCAAAUAUGGCAACAUGACACAAGGAAGAGAGCAAAAUCUAGUCUCCCAUAAAAGUGCAACAUCAACUUUUGAAAUCGCCAAGAAUGCAGAGGGGAAAGGGAUUAAAGGAUUAUCUUUAGCCAAUAUAAAAGCGCCCCAGACUAAGAUCUUUGCUUUGAAUGGCAACCUAUCAGAUCGCCAAAACGCAUCAUCUUCAACCAAGAAGAUAGAACUCAUGGGGAAGUUUGGACAGGGACAGAGCGGGGUUAUAACACUGACAGAAACGUUAAAUUUCCGUUGCAAUGUCCAAGCUGGGGUGCCUGGAAGCGAUAGACGUGCAAAAAUUGCACAAAAUGCUGCAGGAUCACGUUCCACAGAUGAAGUUACCGACACCUUGCCAAGCGAGCCGGGGAAUGAGGCCAGCAAGCAACCCUGCAAUGCAGGGGAAACCAUGGAGGACACACACAAGAAAGCAAUAUUCGCCUCGAGCCUUCUCAAAAAUGUUAUUUCCAAGAAAAUGCAGUUUGAGCAAGAGCGCAAAAUGGAAAGGGGGGAAAUAUGCGAACCCUACUCUGCGCUGUCUCCGUGCCUCGCUCACAGAGAGCAGGACACGCAUAAGGAGAGAGUUAUGUCGGGCGAGUCAAAGGGGUUGCAAAGACAGAACUCGAAAUACUCAGAGGCGGGUUCUGACUUCACUAUUGUUUGUUUGGAUGAACUUGGGGACAUAGUGGACACUAAUUCGAAUGAUCCCAAGGAUGGUAGUCCGAGAGAAGACGCUUCAACUCUCGCAUCAGUAACUAAUUUAGAGUCGACGAAUGAAGCGGGAUUCGAUACUAAAAAAGGAGCAUUCGAAGCCUCCAAAAGCACGCUGCUUCGUAGCCAAAAUAGCGCAUUCAGAUCCUGGAGGGACGGUGAGCUAGAGUUUCAAAAGGAACAUAAAAACGAUAAAACUCCAGCGGGGAAACCGCCCUUGUUCACCGACAACCUUGGGGAAACGGACGUGGAGACUAAAGCGGGCAGCAAGACUAAAAUGUCACAUUUGUUUGUGCCGAGUAUCCAGGUUCUGUCCAAGGAGGGGGAAGUUGGAAAAGCUCCGCCGAAUAUGAAUUAUUCAACACGCGCAGUUACGGAUCAUGGGGACGGUGGCGGUGGCAAACUGCGCUCUGACAACACACUGUACGUUGCGGAUGCUGCAAGAAGUGUUGUAACAUCGAAGUCACCCGAAAUCAAAAUAAGUUUGAGGAGUAUAAAAGAAAACAAAUGCAAUCCGUUCAACAUUGCUAAGCUGCUAACUCCCAAUAUAGGUUGCAAUGCAGCCAACCUGAUAAAGACAGCUGAUGACUCCAAAUGCCAAGCGCUCGCUGCAUCAUUAAAGGGAGAGUCGUCGGAAAAAGUGCCCCACUUCAUGGUCAGAGACAUAAGGGAAAACAAGUGCAAGCUGCAAACGCCGAUUCAUCAGGUCAGAGACGUGCGCAAAUUGGUUAAAAGUUCUUAUCACUUCGUUUCUUUGGAUAAUAACGAAAACAAAGCCAACACUGCUGUCGCCGACCUUCACGCAGACCUCAAGCCUUCAAAAAAGGGGCCUUACCGAAACCGGGCAUCGCUUUCGCCUAUAGUUAUAAAGUGUCAGUCCGUGAAUACAAAUAGCAAUGUGAAGCAAUCGGGAAAUUUAAUCGAGGUUUCAAAACGCAGACCUGGGGAGGAUAUACCCGAGAUUGACAGAUCGUCUCCUCAACAACCUGCAGAGGGCGCCAAAAACGGAACCAUACUGGUGCAUCGACCAACAGGCAGAGUCCCUUUAGUUACUGCAAAACAGCCGAAGGGUGACCCAUCCGAAGGGUCUGUUGGGGUGAAAAUUGAAACCAGGACGGCUAAACGGAAGCAAGAGAAGGUCAUUGAUACCACUGAAAAGAAACCCGAUGCAAAGAUGGCUAACCAGGCCGCAUUAGAGAAGUUAAAGGCUGCGGUUAAAACGAUGGAACAGCUUUACGUUUUUGACAGGAACGAAUGGAAGCGCAAAACCGAGCCCCAGCCAAUCACAGACAGUCACGUGCUUUCGCUAAUUGCCAGUGAGGAGCAUGGCGGUUUAGGAAAAUCAGAAUCUGAAGAAGAGCUGAGCAACAUAGCAAGCUCUGCUGCAGCAGGUAAUACUGAGAGACUUGUGAGGACAAACUCUUACCCUAAUGCAGACAAAUCACCGCCUACACUGGCAGCUGCACCAGCAUCUGAAAUAUCACCUGCAAAGGAAGAGAAAGAUGUACAGAAAAUGUUCCACAUUCCCUAUAGCCGUGAGGAUAAAGAUGUGGCUAAACCGCAGUCUCACCAAAGUGGAACUUUCAGCAACAAAAGUGCAUCCACUGUCAGUCAAACUCAGAAGGCACCCACCAACAUCAGCAGCACCAGCUGUAAAGUGCCACAGGCCUACACCUCUUCACAAACACCUUUCAGCGCAAAGAGCUUUACUCCAAAAUCUCCUAAAGUCCCACUAUCAUUAAAAAUAUCCCAUCCUAAACGGGCAGUGGAGGAGAGGGAGAAGCCCAAUGGAAGCGAGGCAGAGAAGCCUUUCCUACCGCACCUCAACCUGUCUGCCGCUGCCGACUCAGAGAAUUACCUAACCAUCCCAGUCAAGGCCCAUCCAGGUGAAGCCAAACCAGCUGCCGCCUCCAGCAGAGAGCAGACGUCCGUGUACACAUUCACGGCCACGGGCGCCCAACCUCAGACAUCCAGCCCGGCCUGUCACCCCGGUCAAGGGGACAGCAGGCAGUCCCCGAAAAGAUCCUCCAUUGUCAUGGAGACACGGUCCCCGGAUACCCCUACCGCUACCAUCUACCAUCACCCCCUGCCGAUGGCCAUGUCCGGUGCACAGCCACAGGUCAUCUGCUUCUCACCGUCAGUGCCCCCGCCGCCAUCAGUAGACCACUACCAGCAAAUGCAGAGGAAGAUGCUGUUGGACCCUACCACAGGACACUACUACCUGGUGGACACCCCUGUCCAGCCGGCCACCAAGAGGCUCUUCGACCCAGAGACCGGACAGUACGUGGACGUCCCCAUGUCGCAGCAACCCAUGGCCCCUAUGCCCAUGCCCAUCUCCCCUCUAGCGCUGAAUCCCGGUGCGUACGGCCCAACGUACAUGAUCUACCCCGGCUUCCUCCCCACCCCAACCAUGCUGCCCUCCAGGACAAUGCAGUCACAACUGUCCAUGCACUCUGAGGUAGACGGUGGGGACAAGGCCUCGCACACGCCGCAACAGGGGGAAGUGGCCUACAUGGAGAGUCCCUACUACAUCCCCACAGGGAAGUCCCCGCAGGCUCCGCCCGUGUCCCAGCACAUCACCACCAGGGGCUCCAAGGGCUUCCCUGAUGGAAAGCCAGUCAUCAGCAUCACAUCACAGCAAGGCCCAAGGAUCAUUGCCCCGCCCUCCUUUGAUGGAACUACCAUGAGUUUUGUUGUGGAGCACAGGUAAACUGCAGGCAUUUUUACAGGAGAAACUUCUGAGGAGUCUUCUCGCCAUUCCUGAGAGCGGCGAGUUUUUGUUGGGUCACUCUUAUGUCACAGUACCUGCUGUUCAUGGCCACCUACACCAACUGGAACGUCACCUCCA